AUGUCGACGAUGCGGAGAAAGGUGAACAGCGGCGACUUUUAUGCCGAGUACCACGGCCACCGGGCUGGCCAUUUGAAGGCCGUGCUGGAGGGUCUGCCUGCGGAUCGCAGGCGCGUGUUCCUGGUUGGGGAUUCCAGCCUCGACAACAAGCACUGGCUGUUCCGUGGAGAAAACAAGCGACUCUUCUUUCGCAGCGCACAACAGGAGGAACCCUGCACCGCGCAGGCCGUGGGCGGCUACGAGAACGUGCUCCUGCCACCGCUCAUGGCCCGCGACGUCGCGUUCUGGUGCGCGCACGAGGCGGAGGCCCGCGGCAAGCCGCUCUCCGUGCUCAACUGCGCCGUGGAGGAGUCUGCGCUCGGCGACCGUGACAGAGGGCGCCACCUCCUGCCGCAGGACGAGUUUGUUCGCGACAACCUCCGAGAGAACGACAUCCUCAUUGUCUCUGUUGGGGGCAACGACGUUGCGCUCAAGCCCACGUUCCGCACACUGCUGUCCAUGGCGGGCCUGACCUUGCUCACACCGACACGCGUCGUGCGACGCUGGCGCACGGGCCUGGGCAUCGGCCACAUGAUCGACCUCUUCAAGACACAGGUUGAGCGCUACAUUGAGGCGCUCACAGCAAAGACGCGGCCUCGCGCCGUCAUCGUGUGUAGCAUCUAUUUCCCCUGUGCUGUCACGCAGGGCUGGGCAUCCACCAUCCUCAACCUGGCCGGCUAUCGCAAACACCCGGAGCACCUGCAGUCGCUCAUCACGCUGAUCCACGAGCGGGCAACCUCGCAGUGCAGGCCUGGGUGUGGCAGCCAACAUGCUGGCGAAGAAGCAGGCGAGGCGACCAGUGAGGACGAUGUGGGUCCACAAGUCAUCAUCCCCGUGGCCCUGUCUGAGGUGCUUGAUCCAAACGAUGCUGGCGACUAUGAGGAGCAGGUGGAGCCGAGCGUUGUUGGCGGACAGAAGAUGGCCGUCCGCUUCCUCGAUGCACUGGAGGAUGCACAUGUCAUUUGA